CCUCCACUAAAGACCCUUCUUUCCUCCCAGUCUCACUCACUCCUUCCCUCCCUCCAUAUACCCAAUUCUUCUCUCUUCCCCCAUUUCCACCGCAAUCAUGUCUGGACAGCCCGCCCACACCUUCAAGGUUGCCGAUAUCUCGCUCGCGGCCUUCGGCCGCCGCGAGAUCGAGCUCGCUGAGAAUGAGAUGCCCGGUCUCAUGCAGACCCGCGCGCGUUACGCCGGCGAGCAGCCCUUGAAGGGUGCCCGCAUUGCUGGUUGCCUGCACAUGACCAUCCAGACUGCCGUGCUCAUCGAGACCCUCAAGGAGCUCGGUGCCGAGCUCACCUGGACCUCCUGCAACAUCUUCUCCACCCAGGACCACGCCGCUGCCGCCAUCGCCGCCGCCGGUGUCCCCGUCUUCGCCUGGAAGGGUGAGACCGAGGAGGAGUACAACUGGUGCCUCGAGCAGCAGCUCACUGCCUUCAAGGAUGACAAGCGCCUCAACUUGAUCCUCGACGACGGUGGUGACCUCACUGCCCUUGUCCACAAGAAGUACCCCGAGAUGCUCAAGGACUGCUACGGUGUGUCCGAGGAGACCACCACCGGUGUCCACCACCUCUACCGAAUGCUCAAGAACAAGGAGCACGGCCUCCUUGUCCCCGCCAUCAACGUCAACGACUCCGUCACCAAGUCCAAGUUUGACAACCUGUACGGCUGCCGCGAGUCGCUCGUCGACGGCAUCAAGCGUGCCACCGAUGUCAUGAUCGCUGGUAAGGUCGCCGUCGUCGCUGGCUACGGUGAUGUCGGCAAGGGCUGUGCCGAUGCUCUCCGCAGCAUGGGUGCCCGCGUCCUCGUCACCGAGAUCGACCCCAUCAACGCCCUCCAGGCUGCCGUUUCCGGCUACCAGGUCACCACCAUGGAGAAGGCUGCUCCCCAGGGUCAGAUCUUCGUCACCACCACCGGCUGCCGUGACAUUCUCGUUGGCAAGCACUUCGAGGUCAUGCCCGAGGAUGCCAUUGUCUGCAACAUCGGUCACUUCGACAUCGAAAUCGACGUUGCCUGGCUCCGCGCCAACGCCGAGUCCGUCUCCAACAUCAAGCCCCAGGUCGACCGCUUCCUCAUGAAGAACGGCCGCCACAUCAUCCUCCUCGCCGACGGCCGUCUCGUCAACUUGGGCUGUGCCACCGGCCACUCUUCCUUCGUCAUGUCCUGCUCCUUCACCAACCAGGUCCUCGCCCAGAUCUACCUCUACAAGGCUGGCGACGACGAAUUCGCCAAGAAGUUCAUCGAGUUCGGCAACUCUGGCAAGCUCGAGAUCGGCGUCUACACGCUCCCCAAGCAGCUCGACGAGCAGGUCGCCAACCUCCACCUUGCCCACGUCAACGCCGAGCUCUCUGUCCUCACCGACGUGCAGGCCGAGUACCUCAGCCUGCCCAAGCAGGGUCCCUUCAAGAGCGACAUCUACCGCUACUAGAUUUCUUUUCCAUUUGCUCACAGUUCAACACGACGUUACGAGUUGGGAUGAUACCAUUUCGAAAAAGUUUUUGCCUCAACGGCAUCACCAUUGUUUAGAUUUCGGGGCCUGGAUCCAGGGAUCACGGGCUGGGGUAUACCGGCGUUAAUAAUAGCUUGAACAUGCAUAUCAUCCGUUUGGCCUUUCAACUAUGGCCAGACCCGCGGUGAUGGAAGGAAUGGAAUGAUCAGAAGUAGUGUGAGCGACAACGCUGCAACUAUAGCACUGU